AUGUAUCAAUCCACUCAAGCACAAUCAAUAAAUUUGAACAUCCCUUUCUCUUCUAUACAAGAACAAUCAUUGACCCAUGUUACCGAUUCCAAACUUUCUGAAGCCGGUGCAGUCCCUCCUACUUCAAAAGCCACAACUAGUAUGAUACCUAGUUUAGGUGAAGGAGGAUCGGGUAUUUUUGACAAGUAUUGGUCAGAUUUUGUUGAUAGGGCUCAUACAAGACAUCCAAAGCUCUCCCGAGAACAAGUUGAAUACAUGACUCCGACUGUAGAUGUUCCGAAUUCUAACAACACAGUGGAUGAUUCUCCUUGGAAUGAAGUUGUUGCCAGAGGAGUUGUUGCCAAUUCCAAAAAUGCUACAGAUAAUCCUCCUACUUUUACUAGUGUAGAAGUUCCUAAGCUUGAUGUCAAAUAUGAUCUUUUCGAUGAGAUCAUGUUUAGAGAUGACAAUACUAUUGUUUCUAUUAUUCUGGUUCCCAUGACCUUUAAUUUACUGCAAAAACCUUCUUCAUCAAAACCAUGCUUUGAUUUUGGCACCUUGGAAGGUAAGCAUGGUGACAAAACCCAAGGUGAUCCAAGUGAGCCAAAUGAUGAUCAAAAUGAAGAUGAAUAUGAAAAGAAUUCUGAAAGUUCCACCUCGGACACAGGAUCCUCCAAUGAAAACGUUGUGGAUCCUUUUUCCUUGUUUGAACUUAAAAUCAAGUCUUUUUCCGAAGUACAAGUGGCUGCUCCCUCAGAUCUUGACCGGAGUAAUUAG